GGAGGAGGGAGAGAACAGGCUUUGACCGAUAGUAACCCCUGCGCUCAGUGCAGCCGAAUCUAUAAAAGGAACUAGUCUAGGCAAAAACCCGUAAUUCCGUGGGAGAGUGAGUGGGGCCGGGACCCGCCGAGCCGAGCCGACAUCUCUCUCCCUGGGAGCGGGUGGGCAGAGCAGAGGGUGCCCCACGCCACCAGGGUUAAUUUCUCGGGGCGCUUUGCUCCCUGGUUUUUUUUUUUUUUUUUUUUUCCCCUUUUCCCUUUUCUUUUUCUCCCCUUCACCGGAAGGGUUUGCCUAGGGGUGGGGGAGAGACGCAAACACAAAAGCAGAAAACAGUUAAUGACCAGCCACUGUGUCCCUGCUGCGAGCUCUGGCUACUGCCUUCCAGGGCUCCCAAGCCACACGCUGUGGGUGCUGGCGGAGGGAACAUGGCUUGUUGGCCUCAGUUGAGGUUGCUGCUGUGGAAGAACCUCACUUUCAGAAGAAGACAAACAUGUCAGCUGCUGCUCGAAGUGGCCUGGCCUCUCUUUAUCUUCCUGAUCCUGAUCUCUGUUCGGCUGAGCUACCCACCGUAUGAACAACAUGAAUGCCACUUUCCAAAUAAAGCCAUGCCCUCUGCGGGAACACUUCCUUGGGUUCAAGGGAUUAUCUGUAAUGCCAACAACCCCUGUUUCCGUUAUCCGACUCCUGGUGAGGCUCCUGGGGUUGUUGGAAACUUUAACAAAUCCAUUGUGUCUCGCCUGUUCUCAGAUGCUCAGAGGCUUCUUCUAUAUAGUCAGAGAGACACCAGCAUGAAGGACAUCCACAAAGUUCUGAGAACAUUACGGCAGAUCAAGAAUUUCAGACCAAGCUUGAAGCUUCAGGAUUUCCUGAUGGAUAAUGAAACGUUCUCUGGGUUCCUGUAUCACAACCUUUCUCUCCCAAGGCCUACGGUGGAUAAAAUGCUGAGGGCUGAUAUCAGUCUCACCAAGGUAUUUUUACAAGGCUACCAGUUACAUUUGACUAGUCUGUGCAAUGGAUCAAAAUUAGAACAGCUGAUUCAACUUGGUGACCAAGAAGUUUCUGAGCUUUGCAGCCUAUCGAGGGAGAAACUAGAUGCAGCAGAGCGAGUCCUUCAUUCCAAUAUGAACAUUCUGAAGCCAAUCCUGACAGGACUAAACUCUACAUCUACCUUCCCAACCAAGGAGCUGACUAUGGCCACAGAAACUUUGCUACACAGUCUUGGGACUCUGGCCCAGGAGCUGUUCAGCACAACAAGCUGGAGUGACAUGCGACAGGAGGUGAUGUUUCUGACCAACGUGAACAACUCUGGCUCUUCCACCCAAAUAUACCAGGCUGUGUCUCGCAUCGUCUGUGGCCAUCCCGAGGGUGGGGGGCUGAAGAUCAAGUCCCUCAACUGGUAUGAGGACAACAACUACAAAGCCCUCUUUGGAGGCAACGGCACCGAGGAAGAUGCUGAAACCUUCUAUGAUAACUCUACAACUCCUUACUGCAAUGACUUGAUGAAGAAUUUAGAGUCUAGUCCUCUGUCCCGCAUCAUUUGGAAAGCUCUCAAGCCUCUGCUUGUCGGGAAGAUCCUGUAUACACCUGACACUCCAGCCACAAGGCAGGUUAUGGCUGAGGUGAACAAGACCUUCCAGGAACUGGCUGUGUUCCAUGAUCUGGAAGGCAUGUGGGAAGAACUCAGCCCUAAGAUCUGGACCUUCAUGGAGAACAGCCAAGAGAUGGACCUUGUUCGGACGCUGUUGGAUAGCAGAGGCAAUGACCACUUUUGGGAACAGCAGUUGAAUGGCUUAGAUUGGACAGCCCAAGACAUUGUGGCAUUUUUGGCCAAGCACCCAGAGGAUGUCCAGUCUGCUAAUGGCUCCGUGUACACCUGGAGAGAAGCUUUCAAUGAGACCAACCAGGCAAUUCAGACCAUAUCUCGCUUCAUGGAGUGUGUCAACCUGAACAAGCUGGAACCUAUAGCCACAGAAGUCUGGCUCAUCAACAAGUCCAUGGAGCUGCUGAAUGAGAGGAAGUUCUGGGCUGGUAUUGUGUUCACUGGAAUUGGUCCAGGCAGUGUAGAGCUGCCCCAUCAUGUCAAGUACAAGAUCCGAAUGGACAUUGAUAAUGUGGAGAGGACAAAUAAGAUUAGGGAUGCGUACUGGGACCCCGGUCCUCGGGCUGACCCCUUUGAGGAUAUGCGGUACGUCUGGGGUGGCUUCACCUACUUGCAGGAUGUAGUGGAGCAGGCAAUCAUCAGGGUGCUGACAGGCACCGAGAAGAAAACUGGUGUCUACAUGCAACAGAUGCCCUACCCCUGUUAUGUUGAUGACAUCUUCCUGCGGGUGAUGAGCCGGUCAAUGCCUCUCUUCAUGACGCUGGCCUGGAUUUACUCUGUGGCUGUGAUCAUCAAGGGCAUCGUGUAUGAGAAGGAGGCACGGCUGAAGGAGACCAUGCGGAUCAUGGGCCUGGACAACGGCAUCCUCUGGUUUAGCUGGUUCAUCAGCAGCCUCAUCCCUCUGCUCGUGAGCGCUGGCCUGCUGGUGGUCAUCUUGAAGUUAGGAAACCUGCUUCCCUACAGUGACCCCGGCGUGGUGUUUGUCUUCCUGUCUGUGUUUGCUGUGGUGACCAUCCUGCAGUGCUUCCUGAUCAGCACACUCUUCUCCAGAGCCAACUUGGCGGCAGCCUGUGGGGGCAUCAUCUAUUUCACGCUGUACCUGCCCUAUGUCCUGUGUGUGGCAUGGCAGGACUAUGUGGGCUUCACACUCCAGAUCUUCGCUAGCCUGCUGUCUCCUGUGGCUUUUGGGUUUGGCUGUGAGUACUUUGCCCUUUUUGAGGAGCAGGGCAUUGGGGUGCAGUGGGACAACCUGUUUGAGAGUCCUGUGGAGGAAGAUGGCUUCAAUCUCACCACAUCAGUCUCCAUGAUGCUGUUUGAUGCCUUCCUCUAUGGGGUGAUGACCUGGUACAUCGAGGCUGUCUUUCCAGGCCAGUAUGGAAUUCCCAGGGCCUGGUAUUUUCCUUGCACCAAGUCCUACUGGUUUGGUGAGAAAAGUGAUGAGAAGAGCCACCCUGGUUCCAGCCAGAAAGGAAUAUCAGAAAUCUGCAUGGAGGAGGAACCCACCCACCUGAAGCUGGGCGUGUCCAUUCAGAACCUGGUAAAAGUUUACCGAGAUGGCAUGAAGGUGGCUGUCGAUGGCUUGGCACUGAAUUUUUAUGAGGGCCAGAUCACCUCCUUCUUGGGCCACAAUGGAGCAGGGAAGACAACUACCAUGUCAAUCCUGACUGGGCUGUUUCCUCCCACCUCGGGCACUGCCUACAUCCUGGGGAAAGACAUUCGCUCUGAGAUGAGCACCAUCCGGCAGAACCUGGGAGUCUGUCCCCAGCAUAACGUGCUCUUUGACAUGCUGACUGUUGAAGAGCAUAUCUGGUUCUAUGCCCGUCUGAAAGGGCUCUCAGAGACACAUGUGAAAGCAGAGAUGGAACAGAUGGCCCUGGAUGUUGGUUUGCCACCUAGCAAACUGAAAAGCAAAACAAGCCAGCUGUCAGGUGGAAUGCAGAGAAAGCUGUCUGUGGCCUUGGCCUUUGUGGGGGGAUCCAAGGUUGUCAUUCUGGAUGAACCCACAGCUGGGGUGGACCCUUACUCCCGGAGGGGAAUAUGGGAGCUGCUGCUGAAAUACCGACAAGGCCGCACCAUUAUUCUCUCCACACACCACAUGGAUGAAGCAGACAUCCUGGGGGACAGGAUUGCCAUCAUUUCCCAUGGGAAGCUGUGCUGUGUGGGCUCCUCCCUGUUUCUAAAGAACCAGCUGGGAACAGGCUACUACCUGACCCUGGUCAAGAAAGAUGUGGAAUCCUCCCUCAGUUCCUGCAGAAAUAGCAGCAGCACUGUGUCAUACCUGAAAAAGGAGGACAGUGUUUCUCAGAGCAGUUCUGAUGCUGGCCUGGGCAGCGACCAUGAGAGUGACACGCUGACCAUCGAUGUCUCCGCUAUCUCCAACCUCAUCAGAAAGCAUGUGUCUGAAGCCCGACUGGUAGAAGACAUUGGGCAUGAACUGACCUACGUGUUGCCGUAUGAAGCUGCUAAAGAGGGGGCCUUUGUGGAACUCUUCCAUGAGAUUGAUGAUCGGCUCUCAGACCUGGGCAUCUCUAGUUAUGGCAUCUCAGAGACUACCCUGGAAGAAAUAUUCCUCAAAGUGGCUGAAGAGAGUGGGGUAGACGCGGAAACCUCAGAUGGAACCUUGCCAGCAAGAAGAAACCGGCGGGCCUUUGGAGACAAGCAGAGCUGUCUUCGCCCAUUCACUGAGGACGAUGCUAUUGAUCCAAAUGAUUCUGACAUUGACCCAGAAUCCAGAGAGACAGACUUGCUCAGUGGAGUGGAUGGCAAAGGCUCCUACCAGGUGAAGGGCUGGAAACUCACACAGCAACAGUUUGUGGCCCUUUUGUGGAAGAGACUGCUGAUUGCCAGGCGGAGUCGGAAAGGAUUUUUUGCUCAGAUUGUCCUGCCAGCUGUGUUUGUCUGCAUUGCCUUGGUGUUCAGCCUGAUUGUGCCACCUUUUGGCAAGUACCCCAGCCUGGAACUUCAGCCCUGGAUGUACAGUGAGCAGUACACAUUUGUCAGUAAUGAUGCUCCAGAGGACAUGGGCACCCAGAAACUCUUGAUUGCCCUCACCAAAGACCCUGGCUUUGGGACCCGAUGUAUGGAAGGAAACCCAAUUCCAGACAUGCCUUGUUUGGCGGGGGAUGAGGAGUGGACCACAGCUCCAGUUCCCCAGACCAUCAUGGACCUCUUCCAAAAUGGAAACUGGACGAUGGAGAACCCCUCACCAGCCUGCCAGUGUAGCAGCGACAAAAUCAAGAAAAUGCUGCCUGUGUGUCCCUCAGGGGCAGGGGGGCUGCCUCCUCCACAAAGAAAACAGAACACUGCAGACAUCCUUCAGGACCUGACAGGAAGAAACAUUUCAGAUUAUCUGGUGAAGACAUACGUGCAGAUCAUAGCCAAAAGCUUAAAGAACAAGAUCUGGGUAAAUGAGUUUAGGUACGGCGGGUUUUCCCUGGGCGUCAGUAAUUCUCAAGCGCUUCCUCCAAGUCAAGAAGUUAAUGAUGCCAUCAAGCAAAUGAAGAAACACUUGAAGCUAGCCAAGGACAGUUCUGCAGAUCGAUUUCUCAAUAACUUGGGAAGGUUUAUGACAGGACUGGACACCAAAAAUAAUGUCAAGGUGUGGUUCAAUAACAAGGGCUGGCAUGCCAUCAGCUCUUUCCUGAAUGUCAUCAACAAUGCCAUUCUCCGGGCCAACUUGCAAAAGGGAGAGAAUCCUAGCCAUUAUGGGAUUACUGCUUUCAAUCACCCCCUGAAUCUCACCAAGCAGCAGCUGUCAGAGGUGGCUCUAAUGACCACAUCAGUGGAUGUCCUCGUGUCCAUCUGUGUCAUCUUUGCAAUGUCCUUCGUCCCAGCCAGCUUUGUUGUGUUCCUGAUCCAGGAGCGGGUCAGUAAAGCGAAGCACCUGCAGUUCAUCAGUGGAGUGAAGCCUGUCAUCUACUGGCUCUCCAAUUUUGUCUGGGAUAUGUGCAAUUAUGUGGUCCCUGCCACGCUGGUCAUUAUCAUCUUCAUCUGCUUCCAGCAAAAGUCCUAUGUGUCCUCCACCAAUUUGCCUGUGCUAGCCCUUCUACUUUUGCUGUACGGGUGGUCGAUCACGCCUCUCAUGUACCCAGCCUCCUUCGUGUUUAAGAUCCCCAGCACAGCCUAUGUGGUGCUCACCAGCGUGAACCUCUUCAUUGGCAUCAACGGCAGUGUGGCCACCUUCGUGCUGGAGCUCUUCACCAACAAUAAACUGAAUAAUAUCAAUGAUAUCCUGAAGUCUGUGUUUUUGAUCUUCCCACAUUUUUGCCUGGGACGAGGGCUUAUUGACAUGGUGAAAAAUCAGGCAAUGGCAGACGCCCUGGAAAGGUUUGGGGAGAAUCGCUUUGUGUCACCACUGUCUUGGGACUUGGUGGGACGAAACCUCUUCGCCAUGGCUGUGGAAGGAGUGGUAUUCUUCCUCAUUACUGUUCUGAUCCAGUACAGAUUCUUCAUCAGACCCAGACCUGUCAAUGCAAAACUCCCUCCUCUGAAUGAUGAGGAUGAAGAUGUGAGGCGGGAAAGACAGAGAAUUCUUGAUGGAGGAGGCCAGAAUGACAUCUUAGAAAUCAAGGAGUUGACGAAGAUAUAUAGGAGGAAGAGGAAGCCUGCUGUUGACAGGAUUUGUGUUGGCAUUCCACCUGGUGAGUGCUUUGGACUUCUGGGAGUUAAUGGAGCUGGGAAAUCAUCAACUUUCAAGAUGUUAACUGGAGAUACCACUGUUACCAGAGGAGAUGCUUUCCUUAACAAAAAUAGUAUCUUAUCGGACAUCCAUGAAGUACACCAGAACAUGGGCUAUUGCCCUCAGUUUGAUGCCAUCACAGAGCUGCUGACUGGGAGAGAACACGUGGAAUUCUUUGCCCUUUUGAGAGGAGUCCCAGAGAAAGAAGUUGGCAAGGUUGGUGAGUGGGCAAUUCGGAAGCUGGGCCUUGUGAAGUAUGGAGAAAAAUAUGCUGGUAACUAUAGUGGAGGCAACAAACGCAAACUCUCAACAGCCAUGGCUUUGAUCGGUGGGCCUCCGGUGGUGUUUCUGGAUGAACCCACUACAGGCAUGGAUCCCAAAGCCCGGCGAUUCUUGUGGAAUUGUGCCCUCAGUAUUGUCAAGGAGGGGAGAUCAGUAGUGCUUACAUCUCAUAGUAUGGAAGAAUGUGAAGCUCUUUGCACUAGGAUGGCAAUUAUGGUCAAUGGGAGGUUCAGAUGUCUUGGAAGCGUUCAACAUCUGAAAAAUAGAUUUGGAGAUGGCUAUACAAUAGUUGUACGAAUAGCAGGAUCCAACCCUGACCUAAAGCCUGUCCAGGAGUUUUUUGGACUCGCCUUUCCAGGAAGCGUCCUAAAAGAGAAACACCGGAACAUGCUACAAUACCAGCUUCCAUCUUCAUUAUCUUCUCUGGCCAGGAUAUUCAGCAUCCUCUCCCAGAGCAAAAAACGACUCCACAUAGAAGACUACUCUGUUUCUCAGACAACACUUGACCAAGUAUUUGUGAACUUUGCCAAGGACCAAAGUGAUGAUGACCAUUUAAAGGACCUCUCAUUACACAAAAACCAGACAGUAGUGGAUGUUGCAGUUCUCACAUCUUUUCUACAGGAUGAGAAAAUGAAAGAAAGUUAUGUAUGAAGAAUCCUGCUCAAACAGGGUGGCUGAAAAUAAGAAGGAGCUAGACCUUCCUUUGCACCAUGUGAAGUGUUCCAGAGAAAAGAGCCAGAAGUUUUUGUGGGAAUAAGUAAACUGGAUACUGUACUGACACUAUUCAAUGCAAUGCAAUUCAAUGCAAUGAAAACAAAAUUCCAUUACAGGGGCAGUGCCUUUGUAGCCUAUGUCAUGUAUGGCUCUCAAGUAAAAAAGACUUGAAUUUAGUUUAUUACCUUAUACCUAUGUGAAACUCUAGUAUGAAACCCAGUGGACAUAUGGGUUUAAGAUCAUACUUUUGUUUUGUUUUGUUCCUGUGUAUUCUGAGGUUACAACAAUUCAUCAAGUAAUCAUGGCCAGUGAUUAUUAAAAUCAGAAGGCAUGCACAUCCUCAAUUAAGCUGUGCCAUGCCAGAAGACUUGUUUUCCAGUGACACAUCCAUUGCUGGCAAUGAGUGUGCCAGAAUUACUAGUGCCAAGUUGCUCAGAAAGUCUGAAGCACCAUCGUGUGUGACACACACUUUUGUUAAAGCUGCUCUUCUCAGAGUCUAUCAACAUCAUUAAAUAUCAGGUGACAAAAUGGUGCCAUGUGUGGCUAAAGUCCUGCUUUGAUCCCCUCUUUGAUGAGCUGCUCUGGUGGCAGUAACAUGCAAAAAUAUGGGUGUCUCUAGACACAGGAAACUUGAUUCCGUUGUUAUGUUGUCCUGUGCUUGAAGCCACGAGUCUACAGGGUCAUCUUUCUGAGAAACUCUUUAAAUAUACCUAGGUCCUGGUAAGAAGCAAAGAAUCAGCAGCCAAACUGCCGGGGCUGCAAGCUGCUGAGGCUAGGGCAGGGGAUUGAAGAGAUGGUGCAUUCAGCCUAGGGAAGCCUGGUCCCAUUUGUCCUGAUUGUCUACUAACACGGUACACUGCAUCUCAAGGUCUUUGUUAUUUGAUACAAAUGUAGUAUUAUUUCUGGCGUCUUUAAUUAAUCUAGGAAAUGUAAAGAUGGAGUUGUAUUUUGACAAAAAUCUUUGUACUUUUUAAUGUUAUUUGGAAUUUUAAGUUCUAGCAGUGACUUCUGGAUCCUUAGAGUGGCCUCUUUGUAGAACCCUGUGGCAUAGAGUAUGGCCAGGCUGCCGCAUUAGUUUUAAUUUCUUUUGUAAGUUUCAUAACAAUCCUUUGACUAGUGCCUAGAAAACAAUGUGAUAGUCUCAUGACAUUAUAUUUGAGUUUCUUUAAGAUCACUUAGAAGACUCUUAAUCUCAGUUCAUCAAUCAAGUACUUUUUGAGUUUAGGCUAUAGCUGAAGGUGUA